AUGCAGAACGCGGACGGUUCCAAGUCGGUGCAUUUCACCCUGUCGAUACCCGCUUCAGAAGCUUCCUCAAGGGCGUCUUCGCCAGCGCCGUCGCCCGCAUCUCCCACUUUUCACCAUUACGAUGACACCUCUUACGACUACAUUGACGCCAAAAUUCGGGAAAGCCUCAUGAGCGAAGAUUCUACGCCUGGGCGACAGGGGAGGGACGUUUAUGAGGCUACCCUGCCGUGGUGGAGGGCUGCAAUUCGUCGCAAGUUAGUUGCGACGGUUUACGAGGAAUCGAAGAUCAUUGCCAGGAUGCAGAGUAAAAUCCGCCAUCCGUGGCUGGAUGCGUACUUUGUGUACACUUCAUCAUUAGGGACCCACACAUUCUUCAUGAUUCUUCUUCCGGCGUUCUUUUUCUUUGGAUAUGACGAAAUAGGCAGGGGGUUGCUCAUAGUCCUUGCUCUUGGCGUCUAUUUUGCUUCAGUUGUGAAGGACCUUAUCUGUUCUCCUCGACCAUUUGCUCCUCCCGUGACCCGACUGACAAUUGGCACCCACCAUCUCGAAUACGGAUUUCCUUCAACACAUUCUACUAAUAGUGUUUCCAUUGCGCUCUUUUUCUUCGCCAUUGUACACCGUCUUGCAUCGACCCCCAUCGCCUCUGCUAACACGGUCUCUUUACUGACGUCUCACAACUCCUCUUCCAUUGAAACCUUACUCCCGACAACCUCAGCAACCGAAACUGUUAUCUCGCCACCACUUUUUGUCGCAUUAUGCGUCAUUCUCAUCAUCUACACUUUCUCCAUCGUCUUCGGCCGUCUGUACACCGCCAUGCACUCUUUCACCGACUGCCUGAUGGGCGUCGUCCUCGGAGCUGGUAUCUGGUGGGGCCACACCAGCUGGGCCGGCUUCCCAUUCCUUAUCACGUCGUCCAACAUCCUCUAUUCCCCCCUCAACUACUUUGGACUAGGGACUACCGCUUCUCCUCAUGCCCUCAUCAUCCAUCUUGGAACCGGCCUCGGUGGUGGAAAGUGGGUGGAAAGCUGGAUGCACUGGGGUGGAUGGGAGGUCCCUCUUAUCCUCAUACCGCUAUGCCUGCUCGCAGUCCAUAAGCACCCCCAACCGGUCGACGAUUGCCCGUGCUUCGAAGAUGCGAUUGCGUUCUUGAGCGUUGUGCUCGGUGCGCAGGUCUCGCGUUGGGUUGUGAGCUUCAGUGGCAUCGAUGCAGGCAUGAGAGAGGUGGUUGUCACCCCUGGCAGCGGGUGGGUACAGGAGAUGGGACAGUGGGUCCAGGUCCAACGCGGGUGGGAAGACGUAGUGGUCUGGUGGUCCUUUGCUACCCUCAAGAUGGUCGUCGGUAUUCUGACAAUCUUCGUCUGGCGUCUCCUCGCCAAGUCCGCCUUGCACCUUAUCCUUCCGCCGACUUUCCGUCUCCUCGCCCGUGCUUUCAGUCUCCCUCGCCGUCGUUUCUACACACCCGCCACCGAGUACAAGUCUGUUCCCUCAGAAUUCCACUCGCCCGGAGCCAAUGGCGCGUUCGGCUUGCACCCCAUCCCUUCCGUCAUCGACCUGCCCAGUACGGUUGGGGUUGGUGUCGAGACUGGUGGCAUCGGCAGUGGUAUCGCCAGCUCGAACGUUGCUGGCUGGGGUCAUGAUCUGAAGCUGCGCAAUGGAAACGGGAUGGGUAACGGAAACGAGGAGAGGAGCAGAGGGUACACUGUUGCGAAUGAUUCUCCAGUCAAAGACUCUGAGAGCUCGGGAAAGCCGGGCGUGAAACAUUAUGACGCUGAUGUCUUGACCAAGGUCAUCGUGUACGCCGGCAUCGCUGUCCUUGCUGCAGAGGUCCUUCCCAUCAUGUUCGACAUUCUCGGGUGGGGUGUCAAGUCCUGGGUCGAGGUUUGA